UCCGAGUGGCCGUCGAGUGUGGACGGAGCGCGCGAUCUGAAGGCGAGCUGAAGCGAGCAGCCAACUUUCUUUAACAAAUUAACCCAUCUGUUCAAAACUUAUUUAUAUACAUGCGCUGUCCUUUGGACUGAAUUAAACUGUUCUCAGUUGGGCUUUCAGCUCGUUUGUCGACCCCCGCGCUGCUUGUGAAGUGCAGAGCCGUAUCAUUGGUCACUUUUUUCACUCGCAGCUGGGCUGCUGGAUCUUCUCCAACGAGCCAACACAUGCGGUUUCCCCGGAGCUGCCCGUCUUCGCGGACAUCUGAGCUCCGUGUGUCCUCAGCCUCUGUUCUGAGGUGUGCUCAGUCGGCAGCUGCUGGUGUGUUUCGCUGCUGCUGCUGCUGCAUGGCAGCUCGUCGCCCUGCUCUCCUUCCCAUGUGAGGAGCCGUGCCAACGCCUUUUUUCACUGUGACACGCUUCGCUGUUGUGCGAGAACUGCAACGUUGGUGCUGCGACCACUUUUCACUCGUUUCGCGUCUACCUUGGAGCAGCGAGCAGGCGGCUGGCGGGCGGAACAUGGGCUGCACAUUAAGCGCAGAGGACAAAGCGGCGGUGGAGAGGAGUAAAGAGAUUGAUCGCAAUCUGAGGGAAGAUGGAGAGAAGGCAUCCAGAGAAGUCAAACUACUGUUGCUCGGUGCUGGAGAAUCAGGGAAAAGCACAAUAGUUAAGCAGAUGAAGAUCAUCCAUGAAGAUGGCUAUUCAGAUGAAGAGUGUAAGCAGUACAAAGUGGUGGUGUACAGCAACACAAUCCAGUCCAUCAUUGCUAUCAUCAGGGCCAUGGGCCGUUUAAAGAUUGACUUUGGCGACCCUGCGAGAGCAGAUGACGCUCGUCAGUUAUUCGUGCUGGCCGGUACAGCGGAGGAAGGGGUCAUGACUCCUGAGCUGACCGGAGUCAUCCGCAGACUGUGGAAGGAUGGUGGAGUCCAGAGCUGCUUUGCCAGGUCUAGAGAAUACCAGCUCAAUGACUCGGCCUCCUAUUAUCUAAAUGAUCUGGAGAGGAUAUCCCAGCAGGGCUACAUGCCCACGCAGCAAGAUGUGCUGAGGACUCGAGUCAAAACCACUGGCAUCGUAGAGACGCACUUUACCUUUAAAGAGCUCUAUUUCAAGAUGUUUGACGUAGGUGGUCAGCGUUCUGAGAGAAAGAAGUGGAUUCACUGCUUUGAGGGCGUUACAGCCAUCAUCUUCUGCGUGGCGCUGAGCGAUUAUGACCUGGUGCUGGCCGAGGAUGAAGAGAUGAACCGAAUGCAUGAGAGCAUGAAGCUGUUCGACAGCAUCUGCAACAACAAGUGGUUCACUGACACGUCCAUCAUCCUCUUCCUCAACAAGAAGGACCUGUUUGAAGAGAAGAUCAGGAGGAGUCCUCUCACUAUCUGCUACCCUGAAUACUGUGGUUCCAACACGUACGAGGAGGCAGCAGCCUACAUUCAGUGCCAGUUUGAGGAUCUGAACAGGCGGAAGGACACCAAGGAGAUCUACACCCACUUUACCUGUGCCACAGACACCAAGAAUGUGCAGUUUGUCUUUGAUGCAGUCACUGAUGUCAUCAUCAAAAACAACUUAAUCGAGUGUGGACUCUACUGAAGCAUCAUGUUUUAGUGCCAAGUCACUGAACGGAGUGGGACUAAUGGGAGCAUGCCUGAUUGGAUGGAUGUCACUGGUGCUGCCUGUAUUGGACUCCAGUCAGUGGGGGACGAUGACUAGAUACAGACUGCUGCUACCAUGCUGCAUAUACACCGUAGUUCUUACUGUGCAUUUUGGAGAAACUCUCUUAAUACCCCCACAUCUAUUGGCAGUCCUUAUGUCUGUCUUUAAUUCCCUGUUGGAACAUAGUGAGGUCAAGAUGGGUGAGUGUUUUCUGUUCAUGUUUUAAUUACCAGGUUCACUUCAGCCAUGGAGUUUCCAUUGGGUAUUACAGUAUACAACGUAUAUGAAGUAGUUCUAUGCACGCAUUGAUUAAAAAUCCAAAAAACAAUGGAUAGCAUCAACAUACAUGUUCACAUCUGUUAGACUGUUACCACCUUGGAAAUUUGUUUUCCUUGAGAUGCAUCAGCUCUUUUUCUAAAAGAGGAAUAUCUAAGUAUCAUCCGCUACAUAACUGUGAUUUCACAGCUUUAGAGCAGAGGUUCCCAACCAAUGAGCCGUGAGUUGUUUUAGUACAGUAUGGCAGAGAGCAGUGGGGAGUUUAUUAGCCUAACUGAUAACCUCCACCAUUUAUUAAUAUUAUUGUUAAUGUAAUUAAUGAGUAUUAGUAUUUUUUUAUUUAUGGUUAAUUGUUGAUAUAAAUAAUGUCCAUAAAUGAACUUUUAAGGGCCUAUAUCCUACCUAUUACCUGUGUUUUCUUAUUUUCUCUGAUGUCCACUUAUGACAUUUGUACCAGAACCAGACAUUCAUUUUACAUGACUAUUUUCCAGUCUCUUUAUCUUGGACAACAGGUUGUUUUCAUUACUGUGCCUUUAACACUGAUCUGUGUAAAUGUUCUCUGUUCUGACUGACUGUCAUGUGUUGUGCUUCAUUCAAAAAGCAGUCCUCCCUGAAAGUCUUUUUAAAUUCAGUGUGAAUGGCCAGUAGACAGAAUAGACUAUUUUAUGUAAAUGUUUUGUUUUCUGUAACAUCACAACAGCUGUUAAUUGAAAACAGGUUGACUUGCAAGUUAGUUCUUAUAUAUAUGGGCUGUAUAGACUGAGGGAGUGAACAGUACAUUUUGAAACAGUAACAUUUUUUUAUGUUACACCAGUUUUCUUUCAAUUGAGUGAGGAAAAUUGAGUUUGCCUAUUGCCAGGCCUUUAAAUAAUAAUACAGUUUUUAAUAUAUUGAAUGAGGCAAUUGAGCUAAUUGUUUACAUCAUUGUAAACAAUGCACACAAAUACACCCUCCCACCCUCAAUGGUAUAUCAAAAGUGGUGUGGGCACCGGUUCGGUCUGUGUUGAAAAGGUUGGGACCCCUGCUCUAGAGCACAUCUUGUUUUUCUCAACAGUUGUAUAUGUAAGUUAUUGACAUUAAGAUGUAGCUUUCAAUUCUUCCAUCUUUUUCGAAUUCGGUUUCAGUGAAACCGAAACACAUCAAGCUGUAUACUUUAGCUGAGCGUUUGUUUCAUCAUGACUGCAGCUUCAGUAUUUCAGGUUUGAAGUUUGGCAUAGGUUUCUGAUCGCUCUUACUUGCUUCAUCACUAGAAAGAAAGUUGUAGCUAAAUACUUUUGCUUAUUUUUGCCUUUUGUUCCGUUUCUUUUUGACAAACUAGAAAUGGACCACUUUAUGAGAAGCAUAUUUUAUUAUUUGGUAUGUGUUCACAAUAAGUAUGUGUGGAUAGUUGUUAAAUAAAUCCAAGACUGCAUGGUACUGGGACUUUAACGCGCAGGCCGAGACCAUUGUAAUAAUUAUUGUAGAAAGAAAUUGUGACACUUGCAUGGAAGGAGAAAUUGCUUUCACGGCUUGAUAUUCUAAAGGUAAUUUCCUCUAUUUCUUCUCUUUUUAAACUGCUGGGCCCUUUAUAACCUACCCGGGUGUUUGUCAGUAUCUCAGAUGUGUUUAUCUUUAUAUAAAUAGUUUUUACUCAUUUUGCAAAAUGGCCUAAAGUGACUCAGUUGUACUGGUUUUCUCUUACCAGUAAUAUUAAAUACAGAAUCCAAAAAGAGAAUACUUCAUGAGUUACACUUGCACAAUGCCACACUAGAAUUCCACAGCAAAAGCUAAAGCAUAGAAUAUAUAUUUGAAAACUGUAAUUUUAAAACAUUUAAAUUUUUUAUUAACUAUUUGAGAGGUGAACCUACUUCCAUUGGAUUAGUGUUAUAAAUGGCCCAGAAAUGAAAAGGUGCAAUUCACCUUUAAGGUCUUUUGUUGUAUAUGCUUUGUUUAAUCCUGUGGAUUUUUGUCCUGUAAACCAUACUGACUGAACAUGAAGUGUUUUGUAAUGUGCACGUUUAAACUGGCGAACAUGUUCCAUCAUGUUAUUUGAUUGAGCCUGUAGCUUGCCGUCUGCUUCGCACAGGUUCAAUUUUGUCCAAAAUCACAUACUCAGUAUAAUGCAGUGCACACAAUAGUAUUAUUAUCCAUCUUUGGAAAUAUGAGUCACAUUUUCACAGGUGGAUUUUGAGCUAGUCUCCUUUACACUGCAGGUGCUUAUGAUUGUACAGCACUCUACUCCUUUACUGCUUGAAGAGCAUUUUAAACACAGUGCUUUUUGUGUCCUUUUUCUAUAAUGGGCCACUAAUAUCUAUUAAAACACUGAAUUAGAAAAUCCAAA